UUCUGUGCCUUAGGAUUUUGCAAAAAAAUAAAAUAAAAUAAAAAAUAAAUACACUUAGAGCCCUGGGAGAAACAUAAAAUUGAGAAAGACUAAUUGAUACUUUUAUUUUGAAACGCCUCACCGGAAGUGCUUGUGUUUAUCCUCUCGCUUGCCGCUGGUUAAUUACAGUGAGUUGUUCCAAGGUAACUUCCUCCUCCAAUCCUUGGCUUUUUGCCUUCGUGGAUCCAAGUGCGAGUUGUGAAGCCCCAGACAGCGCUCAUGUAUGAAGGGCUGCAACGCUACAAAAUGUAUCUUCAUUUUUCCUCUCUCCUGAAUAUCGCGUGAAUUUGCCACUUUUUUCCCCUCACCGCGCGAGUGACGGACGAUCAUGUUGGCGUCAUGUAGGCUCUGCUUUUCAGACUUUGGAAAACAAAUCGCGUAUUGUCGGUGAAUUCUCGGGAGAUGGCAGAGUAGUUCGACCUGCGCCAGUGACGGAGCCCUCAUAAAGCACUUUGAAAAACACCCCGCAAGGUCUACAAUGACGAUUGGGGAUAUGCUUCUUUUGGUUUUGAUCAUCCUGGUCCUUCCCUGUUCGAGCUUGGAAGGUGAUGUCAAUGCGAGAAAGUCUGAAUGUGUGUGUGACGGCGCAUCCUGCAGCAAUGGGGACCGGUGUUUCGGCCAGCAGUGCUUCACCUCCCUCUCCACGCUGAACGGGACAUUGGUCCUUCAAAAGGGCUGCAUUGUGGGUAAUGAGGAAGGGUCUUCGCGAUGUGGAAGCCUGCCAACUCCUGAGCUGGUGGUGGAGUGCUGCUAUGGGAAUUUGUGUAACAUGAACAUCUCCUUGCAGUCACCGGUGAAAGAUACAGAACUGUCUGCUGGCAGACCAGUCCUCAGAGACCAGGAGUGUGUUUGCGAGGGCGGCGUGUGUGAGCAUGACCAUCGCUGCGCAGGCCAGCACUGUUUUUCCUCUCUCAAGAUGAUUGAUGGGGUGGCCGUCCAACAGAAGGGCUGCCUGAGGGACGACGAGGAGGGCAGAGCCACCUGUGCCAUGCCACCCUCAUCGGCCCAUGUUGUCAAGUGCUGCCAGGGCCAUCUGUGUAACAUGAACGUCACUGUGCAAGCUCCAGGGAAAGAGGAGGAAGUGAAGCCCCUGAUCAAGGAGGAGCAUCUGUGUGUGUGUGAGGGCAGCUCAUGUGAAAAGAAUCACUGCACAGGCCACCAGUGUUUCUCCUCUCUAGCAGUCAGCGCCGGCUCCCUGGUGUACCAAAAAGGCUGCUUCAAGAUCUAUGAGCAGAGCACGAUGACCUGCAAGACCCCACCUUCCCGAGACCAGAUUGUGGAGUGCUGCCAGGGGCACCUGUGUAACAUGAACAGCACUGUGGAGCUGCCUGUUAAAGCCGAUGAGCUGUCCAGCUACAGCGUGACCACACUGGCUAUUGUCAUCGUGGCACCCAUCAUCGUCCUCAUCAUCUUCUCGGCUAUCGCUAUCCUGGUGUUCAGACGCAUCCACAACAACCAAAUGGAGAGACUAACAUCACGAGACGCAGAAUACGGAACUAUAGAUGGCCUCAUAGCAUCCAACGUGGGGGAGAGCACUCUGGCGGAUCUUCUGGAUCAUUCCUGUACGUCAGGAAGUGGCUCAGGACUCCCUUUCCUCGUCCAGAGAACUGUUGCACGACAGAUCACACUGAAUGAGUGUGUGGGUAAGGGCCGUUAUGGUGAAGUGUGGAGGGGUCAGUGGCAGGGAGAGAGUGUCGCCGUGAAAAUCUUUUCCUCCAGAGACGAGAAGUCCUGGUUCAGAGAGACUGAAAUCUACAACACAGUGCUGCUGAGACACGAGAACAUCCUGGGCUUCAUAGCUUCAGACAUGACCUCGAGGAACUCCAGCACCCAGUUGUGGCUGAUCACUCACUUCCACGAGAUGGGCUCCUUGUACGACUACCUUCAACUCAGUACCCUCGAUGCAUCCAACUGCCUCCGCAUGGCGCUCUCCAUUGCAAGCGGCCUGGCACACCUCCAUGUUGAGAUCUUCGGCACUCAGGGCAAACCGGCCAUCGCCCACCGAGACCUCAAGAGCAAAAACAUACUGGUUAAAAAGAACGGACAGUGCUGCAUUGCUGACCUCGGUCUGGCGGUCAUGCAUUUUCAAGACACCAACGAGUUAGAUGUGGGGAACAACCCUAAAGUGGGCACAAAGCGCUACAUGGCCCCUGAAGUGCUUGACGACUCCAUCCAGAUGGACUGUUUUGAGUCCUACAAGAGAGUGGACAUCUGGGCCCUGGGCCUCGUCCUGUGGGAGAUCGCCAGGAGGACAGUCAGCAAUGGCAUCGUGGAAGACUACAAGCCACCGUUUCAUGACGUGGUCCCAAGUGAUCCCAGUUUUGAGGAUAUGAAGAAGGUUGUGUGUGUGGAUCAGCAGAGGCCCAACAUCCCAAACAGAUGGUUUUCAGACCCGACUUUAACCUCCAUGGCUAAACUCAUGAAGGAGUGCUGGUACCAGAAUCCAUCAGCCAGAUUAACAGCGUUACGCAUAAAAAAGACUCUCACAAAGAUCGACAACUCUCUGGACAAAAUCAAAACAGACAUUUGAGCCUGCCUUGAGAAGAAGAGGCAGACAUACCUAAAGGCCUUUGAAGACAUCCAGAGGGUGGACCAUCCCAGACAAAACUGACAAGACAAGAGACUUGAUGGGUUCAGUGCCCUUAUAGUGGCACAAACCAGUAUUUAUUUUAAAACACUUGGCGGGACACAUUUUGGCAUCCAAAGAUGGCUUACCGGGCAUUUCUGAGACUGCCAGCGGUCUUGGAAAUAGGAAAUUAUCUAUUCAACUUAACGACAUAGGAGCUGGACUGUUAGCAGCAAUGUUCUUCAAGGAAGAAACUGUUACCUGGGCAUUUGAGUAGGCUCGCUUUUGUUAGAACUGCAGAUUUUGUUUGACACAUUUUUUAGUUUGGAAAAAAAAUGUCUGAACAUAUUAGCAACUUCACUUUACUCUUUAAUUGUAAGGCAUUGUUCAUUUGCAUCACGGUGGAUUCAUUUAAAAAGAUGUCAACUUGCCAAUUGAACUUGCCAAUUUAAUAUGCAUACUUUCAACGGUGUUCACAGUGAGCAGUGUUAUGUUUUACUUUGCGUGUCAUGCACCUCUGUUUACAAUGCUGUCAGAACAAGUAUCUUGGGAUCUCACCAACCCCGUAACUUUUAGUUGUACAGCUGCAUCGAUGGUACUGUUCUUUUCCUGAAAUAUCGUCCAGUUGAAGGUACUCUGUUGCAAACCUUUUGUAUAUCACCAUGGAUUUUACAUCGAAUUAUGUACCUGUUCUAUGUUUGGUUUCUUCAGCUUUACAGAUACAAAUGCUAAAAGAACAAAUAAAAUAUCUGCUAGAUACUGAACUCUAUUCCUCCAGAGGCCUGUAAGUAAGCCUGUAAAGCCUGUAUACUGUCUUAACGCGUGCAUUGUUGUCUUAAUGCGUGCAUUGUCAAGUAAAUGAAGUCAAACUUCA